GGGUCGAGUAUCCGUCAAAGCGACCCAAACAUUGUCGUCGCUUACACUAGGGAUGAAGCGUGAAGGUUCCCUGUACUCAGUAGUCAGUACACUCUUAUUAAAGUUAGUACUACUGUGACUGUCUGUAAUCCACCAGUAGUCAUGGCACACCAAGUAGUGGGAGAGAUGCAGGAAGUAGAUACAUCUUAUGUCUGUGGAGAAUGCUUUCAACUCUUUCCUUCCAUGGAUUACUUUCAAUAUCAUCAGUGCACCUCUGUAAAGGACAGUACAUCUAGUGGAUACCAGAAUGUCACCUACAUUGAUGAGACUUUAACUUCUCUAGAUGUGAAAGGUUAUGGAAGCACAGAGACCGAAGCUACCAUGGAGGAGGCUGUGGCCAGCAUUCUUGGAGAAAAAAUGAAGCAACCAGAACCUCAGAGUAAUACUUGUUCAUUGACAACUUUUAGUGAAACUGCUGUCCAAGUUAACCUUGAUCAGCAAAGAGACCCUUCAGUUAAACACAUGCCUGUUGAAGACACUGUUAUAGCUGUUCCAGGACUUUAUCAGGCUGUAGAACCUCAAAGAGAUGUUGCACCAUAUGAAGGAAAUCAGAUGCAGUCAGGUACUAGUCAGUACAUACAACAGUCCAUUGAACACUUGAGUAUUGUGGAUCAACCAGCAGAAUCCAUCAUGGAGCACGUUGUGGAAAAUGUGGAACCUAGUUUGAGCAAUGUAGGGCAUGCUAUAGAAAAUGUUGAAUCUACUUUUGAAAAUGUUGGGCAUGUUGUCCAAAAUACAGAACCUAAUUUGAGAAAUGUGGAUUUAUGUGUUUUGAAGGGGAAUCAAAACAUUGGUAAUGUAGAGCAAAUGCACAUAGGGUCUGGAAUUGUAGUAGAAAGUGUUGAAAUUCCCUCAUCUAACGUUUACAUCUAUGACAAUCCAGUAUAUCUCAACCGCCUGAUGAAGGACAACACGUGCGGUAGACGAGCGAGGCACGAUGCUCCCUAUACACAUAGAUUAGGACCCUGGGAUGACAAGUCUAGCCAACUACUAAUUCAACUUCUCAAAGAAUACCCCGAGGCAUAUUUUAUUCUGGGCAAAGAUUGUAAAAGAACAGAAGCCUGGGAAUUAAUACGGUACAAGCUUGGUGAAUCUGGCUUCCAGUUUACUGUAUUACAGAUUCGUAUGCGCUGGAGAGAAAUUUGUAAGAGAUAUCGUAAUGUUGUCAACCAUAACGAUCUGCAUGAUGAGAAACGAACCUGUCAGUAUUUUGAUGAUCUUAACAACUUGUUUGGAAUUUGGGAUUCUCAGGCUACACAAUUCCUGAUUCAAAAAGUUGGAAUAUAUUCUGCCAAACGACUCGGUCAGAAUGGAGGUACCCGUAUGAGGCACAAGGCUUGGCAACAGAUGCAGGGAGCUCUAGCAAAAGAGGGAUACGAGUACACGGCAGAUCAAGUUCAUGGACGAUGGAAUGCCCUAGUGACACUUUAUCAGAGGAUGAUGGAACACAACUCCAACCAGAGCAAUGAACCUAUGACUGUAGCAUAUCAAGAUGCUAUAGAAUCUGUGUUCAAGUAUGUACCAGAGAGGAAAACUAAGUUAGCCAAGAUACGUGAAAAACAAGGCCAGUCAGCGAAGGUGCCGGUACUUCAUAAAAAGUGGUCUCUACUUGUUGAACGUCUCCUGCUCAGACUAUACCUGGAGAGAAGUGAACUAUUUAUUAAAAAUAAAAAUAAAAAAGAAGUCUGGGAACAGAUAGUAAAGUCAUUGAAAGAGGAAGGAGGUUACCACACCACUGUAGAAAAAGUGAGGGCGCGGUUCUACGAGUUGUCUAAGCAGUAUGAGGCCAUGUUGCAUCAUAAUUCCCAGCCCGGCACUCUUUAUCGGGAGUCUAGACACCAUGAGAUGUUGGCUGAUAUAUACAGUCGUCAUAACUCCUGGCCCCACGACGGCUCCACCGUGAAGUCUGACAAUUCCAACUCCUUAAGAAUGAGGCAAAUGAAGGCCCAGAUGAUGUGGAGUGAUGAGGAGUCCCGGGUUGUCCUUACAUUAUAUCCCCAAGUUCUUAUUGAACACUUGAGGAAUGGUUAUCAACCACCUUUAGAGGAGCUCUGGGUCCAGCUGGCUAAGGACCUUUUUUCCACAUAUAACUUCUUAAAGCAGCCGUAUGAGAUAGAGGAACACAUAGCAUUACUACGACAAGGAUAUAGGAGUCAAAACCCUUUCCCCUUUAGACCAGAGAUGGAACUACUGGAAGAAACUGAGCAUACUUUGUGCUUUUCACCUGAAUCCCCAUCAAAAAUCAUUGCCCAGAUGGUGCAGUAUUGGAGCCAUUCUGCUGCACAUUGUUUACUUGACUUUGUCAUACAUUACUAUCAGGAGGGCAUCAAGCUACUUACUGAGAGUUUGUUUGAUACAAUCAGUGUUGACAUGGAAAAUCUUGGCUACAGGUACACCAGUGAAGAAUGCCGGCAAUAUUACCAUCUAUUGAACAAGAAGUAUAAAAAAAAGAUUGAUGUGAAAAAUGGCAAAGACAUCGAUAAGAAGUGUCCUUAUAUGAAGAAGAUGGUGGAAAUAAAGACUGUUAUGUCUCAAACUGAAGUUCCUGCAACAGACGAUGUAUGUAACAAGAUAAUUUCAGCAGCUUCAUCUGUUGUGAAGGAAAUUAAGGGAACUGAUAAGGAAUCAAGAAGAGAAUCACUGGAAAGGAUGAUUUUGAAACUUAAGAUGCACCUAAUGAAUUGUACCUCUGUGCGUCCUCCACCAUCUGUUAAGACUAUUGCACAAAGUUUACUGAAAUUUUUAAGGGAAGAUAAAAUAACCUACAUACUGACUGACAGUGUAGAUACACCAGAGCUUAGUGCUAUCUUACACCCACAUGUGGACAUAUUGAAGUUAAUCUCACAAAAUGGACCACAGCACUUAUAUCAAGACUCACAUCCAGAAACUGAUAGAAAGAGAAAGAUAAGAGGAAAGAUGCCACUUAAGUCUACUUCAAUACAGUGGACAAUUGACAAUGUAAGUAUUCUGCUGGAAACUGUGAGAGAAUGGCAGCUGUUGUGUCAUGAUGAUGAAGAAGUGGCAGAGACACUGGCAGUUGGUCAGCCUCUGUGGCACGAGGUUGCCUACAAGCUCAGUCGACGCUUGAGGAAGUGCCCUGAUGUAUGUCACAUGUUCUUUGUUCAUUUGUGUCAGGACUAUGCAAGGUUGGAGUUAUCAGGACCUACACCCACAGUCAGUGGUGUGUGGUUCAAAAAUCAGAAAAUUUGUGAUCUGCUGCGCACUAUUGUCUCUCCAGUUAGAUCUUGUGAUGCAGAAUGGGAUGUUCGAGAUGCUUGGUGGGUGAGUGAAGCUGGUGGCUGGAGCCGGGAGGAAAUAAUGGAACUUCUCUUCACUGUUAAAGAACUGUGGUCUGGAGAGCAAACUAUGGAUUGGAAGCUGGUGAAUCUUCUGCUUAGUGCUGGAGGGUAUCAGCGUGGGGCAAAAUGUUUUUACACUAAGUUUCAUCAGCUUUACAGUGGAUACCAAAGAGCAUUUAAAUAUAAUCAGGAAUGUAGCAUACGUGAACGGCGAAGACCACCUUUCUAUUUCAAGAUCCAUUCUCUGUUUGGCUACCAAGAAGCUAUUCCAGGAUAUCAUAGUGAACCAAAGACAAGCAGAGAUCAAAAGUUAGAUAUAGAUGAGCAGGAGGUGAUUGAAAUAUUGCUGGCUGGGUUGAAGGACAUGAAGAAUCUUGUAUGUCACAGCAUUCCUCGCCAACCUCUCCUGCUUUCUCUGGCUCACUACCUUGAUGAGCAAUACCAGUACCUACCUGCCACUUUCACACAAUUUCAAGUGUGGCAUCUUUUAGUCCAACUCCACAAUGCUCAACAUGAGACUGCCCAGGAGGAUGAUGAAGGACCUUUUGGAGUGGACCUUGAUGGCCUGUGGCAGCAUCAUACCAGUCCAUUAGUGGCUUAUGGCCUUCAUGCUGUACCUCUUCCAGGAUGGCAGUCGAUAUGUGAUUGGAGUAUGGAAGAAUUAGAUAUACUAGUCAAGACAAGUGUUGAGUGGCAGUUAGACUCAUCAAAUGACAAGUCUAUGGAUGAGGUAAGCUGUGAGGCACUACAAGCUGAGGAUUACACCAAGACAGCUGUACAGUGCCGGGAUCAGUGGCAGUAUAUGGUAAAUACCAUCAAACAUGGUGGAUACCAACAGUAUAAACACCAGAUAGGUAUUUUGUACUUACUCCAAAAUCAAAAUCAAAAUUCUCUCAAGAGGAAAGGACUCGAAAAUACUUCAUGUAAACGAAGAAAAGGUGAGAAACAAAGUUGUCCAUUAGAUUCUGGCAAUGUGAAUUCAAAUAAAGACAAUUUUGCUUCUCAACACUCAAGCCAAAUGAUGUGCGAUAAUUUUUCUCCAAAAGAAGGAAAACUAAGAAGAAUCACUUCAGCAACUAAUAAGGAGACACCAAAAUAUGCUGAUGUCCAAGUAGGGAAGAGCAAUCAUCAGUACACUGACACUGCUAAAAGCAAUAAAAUUCGAGUAAAAGUCUUGAGUAUCGUGGAAAAAGAAAAUUCUAAAGUAAUAGAGUGUCAGGCACAGGAUGUCAAGCCUGACAGAAUUAUAAAACUUCACUAUCCUGUCACACAUCCGAUACCUGCUAACAUUAAAUAUAUUAAUAUCCCAAAGAUGCUGGUUUAUCCCUCUUACACAACACAAGUUCCUCAAGGCUUGCCCCCAGUAAGAAUUAGAGAUAAUAGUAAUGUAUCGUGUAAGAGCAAUUCAGCAUUAAAUGUAAAAAAACCAUGUAAUACACUUGCAAAAAGUAUUAAGGAAAAGCUCCAUAUAAAAAUACUACACAGACUUGAAGAUACUUAUAAGAAACCACAAAAUAUGAGAAUUGAAUCCUUUGGACCAGUGAAAAAGAAUAAGAGAAUAUUAUCUCUGCCUCAGUUGACAAGUAAGAAGGAUUCUUCCAAGACAAAACUGAAAAUGCUUCGAAGAAGAUCUCAGUUACAAUUAAAGAAGUCAAGAAAGCUAUCACAACUGUUAAUUAGAACAAGUCAAAGUGAAUCUCCCCAGGGACAGUCAAAAUUUUUUACAAAAUCUCACCCAAAUCUGAUAAAGAAGAGACAACAAGAAGCUUCAAAUGUAUCAUUCAGAAAGUUAAACAAUUCUAAGAUAGAAAUAAAAAAAUCAAGAAAUUGUUCUCAGUUACGACCUAAAACUGAACAAAACCCUUCAUUUCAAUUACCAACUAAAAAUGGAUCAAAAGAAUCUUGUUUUAAACUAUUAAAAGAAUCCCAUCACCGUGUUAAUAAUUCACGAAAACGUUGUCAUAAUGCCGAGUCAUUUCUUGAUAUCUCAGAGAAUACAGAUGUGGACUGUCUUGUAAGUACUGCAAUAAAUAUGGAAGUUACGGAAAAGAAGAGAGAGAAGGAAGAGGAUAAGGGGACAGUAAAUAAACCCAAGAAGAUAGAAGAGAGGAAGAGAGACCGGCAUGAAGAGAUGGAUGGACCAAGAAGAGAUGCAAUGAAUAUUUUAAACCAGUACCAUCUCCAGUAUGACCAACAAGAAAAACUUCUUGGUAUCAUACAAGACAACAGCCAGGAGGAGAAAUUUGUCUUCAGUCAAGUCAUCUCUCUUAUUGAAGAAAUACAUUCUCAUUUUGUUUUGUAAGCUAUAUUUUCAUUGUAUAAAGGAUUGCAUUGUGCAGAAUCUUUUGUAAAUAUUUUUUAGUACACUUUACAUCUGGAUAUUAUUGUAUAUUAACUCUUGAAUAUACAUACAAUCAAAGAACUUUAACUGAAUAAACACAAGUACAAAAUUAGGUAAUGAAAAGAAGCUUAUAUGUAUGAAAAGAAAAACCAAAUAGAAUAUUCAUCUAAUAAAAACAGUGCUUCCAAUGGUGUACAGGUAUGGGACCAUUUAUCUGGCAUGCUUGGGGCCUGUGGGCUACUGGGUAGUUGUUUUUUCUUCAGAAUUUAGAGCCAGGCCUAAAAUGUAAUAAAUGUACAAUAAAACCUCUGUAACUGCCUGUGAGGACUCUGUUCAGAUCAAUAGCUUCACCCUAAAAGUGACUUUGAACUGUACACUUGUAACAUUAAAACAUAAAAUUGUAGAUUAUGUACUUGGGGAUGCUGGCCACCUCGAUGCUCACCUUAGCAACCAGCCUGGCUGGAUUCCUUAGCAAUGUUGCUCUAUGCCAGGGGUGGGCAAAGUGCAGCCCGCGGGCCACAUUUGGCCCGCCAAAUUAUUUCUGUGGCCCGCCACUGCAUUUGGCAACCAGAAAAAAAAAUUUCUUAUUAAUUACAGAAAGGACAAUUUUGGAAGUUGGGUGGACAUAGCAGCAAUACUGGCUCGUCGCUGUUAACCUGUGGCGCGCGAAGUGUGCCACCAUUCAUGAAGUGGCCCUCCAUCAAAAAUAAUUGCCCACCCCUGCUCUAUGCUGUUGACCCUUUGACCUCCAACACUGGCCAUAUGGCUUUACAGUGAAAUCCCACACAUAUAUAAAACUGCAGUAUACCUAAGAAAAUGAUUUCCUUUUUGCACAUUCUGUAUGCUUGUACCUGAGUAAAUAGGUAAAGAAAAUUACAUGUAUCUAUUCAAAAUUAUGAGUUGAAAAUACUACAUACCUUGUAAUAAUUAUUUCAUUUUUUCUACGUUCUGUAUGUAGGUCUUUGUGCUUAACCGAGAAAAUAAAUAGAAAGUUAUACAACUGAAUAUUUACUGUACAGUAUUUGAAAUUACAAGUUGAAAAAUAAUCAUUACUAAUAUAGUGUACCUCACAGGUGGAGAGUGGUUAGAAAUUUCUCUGCUCGGCCCAGGAAAUACUUGGUGCUCUUACAGUACUUUUAUACUGUAGCUGGUUUUUGUAGUGUUCAGGAUACCAGGACGCCAGAUAAACAGUCCCACACAUAUACAGUAUUUUAUCCAUUUUAAUAAGUUGUUGAGAAGCAGAGACUUUGAAACAUGAAUAAUAAAGAAAUUAAAUAUA